AUGGCAACGGGGGAGAAAGUACGCCGCGGAGACGACAACGGCGCGGCCAUGUCUGAAAGCAGCCUCUCCCACACACUAUCGCGGGCCUCACACACCCGACCGCUGGAUAGGAUGCGCUCGCAAAAUGGGUACGGCGUCGACGAUGACAGUGACCCUGCGCCUGGUGAUGGCGGGGAGGCACACAACGAAACUGCUUCCUCGGAGGCUUCCAAAGAUCCGUAUGAGGUUGGUUGGGACGGCGGCGACAACGAUCCCCUCUGUCCCAGGAGCUUCUCCAAGGGCCGGAAGUGGUUGAUUACCAUUAUUGUUUCGCACGUUGGCUUGUGUGUUACUUGUGCAUCCUCCAUAUAUACAUCGACAUACACGAAAAUGGAGCACGAAUUCCACAACUCUCGCAUUGUCUCUGUCCUCGGUCUGUCGACUUUUGUCCUCGGCAUCGCCUUCGGCCCCAUGUUUCUCAGCCCGCUGAGUGAAUUCUACGGCCGUCGACCCAUCUACCUCGUCUCGUGGACAACCUUUGUCAUCUUUCUGAUUCCACAGGCAGUGGCCAAAAACAUUGCCACUAUUCUUGUUUUUCGCUUCUUUGAUGGCUUUACAGGCAGUGCCUUCUUGGCCGUUUCCGGGGGCACCGUGGGCGAUUUGUUCGCGAGACACGAGUUGCAGGCUCCCAUGGCCUUGUUUUCUGUUUCGCCGUUUAUAGGACCGAGUCUCGGGCCCUUGCUGGGUGGAUUUAUCAACUAUAAUGCUGACUGGAGCUGGACAUAUUAUGUGCUCCUGAUUUGGUCCGGCAUUAUCUGGGGAGCAGUCGUCUUCUUCGUGCCAGAGACUUACCUCACACAGGCUGUUCGUGGGGCGUCAGGGUCUCAGUUCGGUUCAUCAGCCAUCCUUCACCUUGCGGUCAUGUUUGUCUCAGACAAGGAGUACGAAGCACUGACCACCUCUCUCACCUUGACAGAUCCCAUCUUGCUGCGAAACAAGGCCAAGAAGCUGCGUCAGGGGACCGGCGAUGAUAGGUGGCUGGCUCCCACGGAAAAGGUCCGCAAGUCGGUCGUGCGGGCUGUUGGCCGCUCGUUGCGGCGACCCUUUGAACUGCUCUUCUUUGAGCCCAUGUGUCUUAACCUCUGCCUCUUCUCCGCACUUCUAUUGGGCAUCUUGUACCUCUUCUUUGGCGCCUUUCCACUGGUAUUCGGCACCAAUCACGGUUUCAAUGUUUGGCAGGUCGGCAUGUCUUUCUUGGGCAUCUUUGUAGGCAUGAUACUUGGUGUGUUGACCGAUCCUGUGUGGCAUCGUGUCCGUACCAGGCUGGUUCAGAAACUCGAGACAGAGACUGGCGUCCCAGGUGCCAGCGAACCGGAGUUUAGACUUCCACCAGCCAUCAUGGGGGCGUUCCUCGUCCCAGCUGGCAUCUUCAUGUUUGGAUGGUCUACAUAUCCGUGGGUACACUGGAUUGUGCCCAUUAUUGGAUCGUGUGUCUUCGCGAUUGGAAAUGUGUUGCUUUUCACCGGCAUCUUUACCUUCCUCGUUGAUGCGUAUCCGCUGUACGCCGCAAGUGCACUGGCUGCCAACGCCUUUGUGCGAUGUAUAUUUGCUGCGGCAUUUCCUUUGUUUGGCGUUCAAAUGUACGAGAAACUCGGCUACCAAUGGGCUUCAUCACUGCUGGCUUUCUUGAUGGUAGCCAUGGUGCCGUUUCCCUACAUCUUCUUCCGCUACGGCAGAAGGAUACGAAGCAAGAGCAGAUAUGCCAAGUCGUAA